GAAGAGACUCUGUCAGGAGUCCUGUAUAAAAGGGAAGACCAGAGUGAAAGGUGAUUUCUGGGAGGACAGGGAGAGUAAGACUUAAAGCCUGCAUAAUGACAGCAUAUGUGUCCGUGGUGGUUGUGGGUGCUGUGGUCAUGCUUACACUGUUAUGGAUCCUGCUCAUCUACCUCCCUGGAAAAGGAGACAAAGUUACACAGGGAGAACCCAAUGGAUAUCGGUCAGCAGCUGUUGGGUCUAGACUUCUGCACUCUUUCUAUCAGUUCUUUCCCCGUUCUCUCUCUCCCUCUCUCCCUGGCCCUCUCUCUCUCCCUCUGCUGGGCAACAUGCUGGAGCUGGCACACGACCACCUGCCCAGUCACCUGACCUCCCUGGCACGUCGCUAUGGCAACAUCUACCGCCUCAAGUGUGGCAACACAACCAUGGUGGUAUUAAACAGUGGUGACAUCAUCAGAGAAGCCUUGGUGAAGAAAUGGUCGGACUUUGCUGGGAGACCACAUUCUUACACCGGAGACGUGGUGUCAGGGGGAGGCCGCUCCAUCUCUCUGGGGGACUACAGUGAGGAGUGGAGGGCCCAUCGCCAUCUGGCCCAUAAUGCACUGCAACGCUGCUCCCAGCAGUCGCUCCACGGGGUCAUCCAGAAACAGGCCCUCCACCUGAGACAAGUGCUGCUGAACUAUAACGGCAGAGCUGCGGAUCUCUCUGAGGAUUUCACUGUAGCAGCCAGUAACAUCAUCACCACACUGGCCUUUGGGAAAGAGUAUGAGAAGAGUUCUGCAGAGCUGCAGAGACUGCAUGGCUGUCUUAAUGAGAUCGUGUCUCUAUGGGGCUCUCCCUGGAUCUCUGCUCUGGACUCCUUCCCACUGCUCAGGAAAUUGCCCAAUCCGCCGUUCUCCCGUCUUCUGAAAGAGGUGGCCAGGAGAGAUGACAUCAUCAGAACACAUCUGGAUGAGUACAAGAUGCAGGCACCGAGCAAAACAUCAGAGGAAGACAUUGCCAUCACAAGCGCUCUCCUCAACGGCCUUGGGAAGCCCCAGGACACAACACAGGGAGUGGUCCUGACAGACACUCACGUCCACAUGGCCACUGUGGACCUUCUGAUCGGGGGAACAGAGACAACAGCUGCCUGGCUCAGCUGGACUGUGGCCUUUCUACUGCACAGGCCUGAGGUGCAGUACAGAGUGUAUGAUGAGUUGUGUUCGGUGCUGGACGGGCGCUACCCUCAGUACAGUGACAGACACAGGCUGCCAGUGCUGUGUGCUGUGAUCAGUGAGGUGCUCAGACUCAGACCUGUGGCUCCGCUAGCUGUGCCUCACAGAGCCAUCAGAGACAGCAGUAUUGCAGGCUACUUCAUCCCUAAGAACACUGUCAUCAUCCCCAAUUUGUUUGGGGCGCAUCAUGACCCUGCAGUGUGGACGGAUCCCUAUUCCUUCAAACCAGAGCGGUUCCUGGAGGGUGGGGGGGCCUCGACGCGUGCUCUCCUGCCUUUUGGCGGGGGCGCUCGGCUGUUUGGGGAGGCUGUGGCCAAAAUGGAAUUGUUUCUGUUCACCGCCUACUUGUUGCGUGAUUUCCAGUUCGUACCUGCUGAAAGCCAGACCUCUCUACCAGACCUGACAGGAGUAGCCAGUGUGGUACUCAAAGCCAAGGCCUACACAGUCAUAGCACUGCCCAGACCUGGGCCUUGACCUCUCACAGAGUUUGUUCAUGUACAGUGAUCACAUUACAUUUCUAUCAAU